AUGCCCGAUAACAUCGACGGUCGACUCGUUGGACUUGGAGAAAUUCACGGUAGGCGUGAUGGGGCUCGACGAAGCCAUGGCAGGGAGGUGUUGCUUGCUGAGUGUGAGCAAUCUCGUGGUUCUUUCCAUUUCCCAGGCGCGUGGUUUGAGGUGGGAAGCAGCGCGCUGCACAAAUUCAGCACGGCGAGCGGCCUGUCGUGCAACGCCGCCAAGUACUCCGCGCUCGCCACCGCCACUGACGGCAGCAACGUCGCUGGGUUUCUCAGUCGCGGCCUUCGCACCGUCAGUCCGUUACGAGCCGAUCAGGUGUGGCGCAUAUCAGCAGCAGCAGGGCGCAUCUCGCGCAACCUGCGCCGUGUGUGCGAGGCGGCCGUUUACAGCGCCAGGGCGCACGCGUCCCUGCAGGCGAUGCUUGUGCCGGGGCCUCAGGGGGUGGGUGGCGGGGUAAACAGCAGCGGGACUACGCCCACUAGUGACAGCAGCAGUAACAGCACAAGCCCGUUUUCCCAGCAAGCCAACGGAACUGCGCUUGCAGCUGUGGGCAUACUGGCUGCGUCUGGCGCCACCCUGUCACAGCAGGCCCUCGCGAUCUACAAUCAGCUGGGAGCGCUGCAGCAGCAUAACAACCGCGCCAGCACAUUCAACGACCCGCAGGACCCCGGGCUGGACGUCACGAAGCAAGGGCUCGCAGACGCAGCCAACCGCAUCAUUGCUGCUGCUGGAAGGGCUCGGCGCGCAGGGAUGAGGGGAAGCCUGGCGGUGCUGCAGAUGCAGCUCAUGCUGCCCGCUGCCAACAGCAGUGCCGCCACCCGGUUCACAUCCCGGCUCUCUGGUUUCCUGGGGCGCGCGUCUUGGGAACUGGGAAUGAGAGGGAAGGUGGGCCUGGCGACGACUGUGAUUCGCCUGCUGGCGGCGUCGGUGCUCGUGCCCUCCCUCACCAUGUUCCCAUCGCCCUUCCCCUGGAAUUCCCAGACCCAGCUGCGCAUGCAAGCCGUGCAAGACAGGAAGCAGGUGAGAUGCGGGGAGGGACGUCAAUUCAUUGCUAUGAUCAUUGACUGA